AUGGCUUCCACACAGUACCAGCAUUACAUUCCGCAGUUCAUGCUGCGAAGAUUUGCGGUAGUUGAACAAACAAGCCCAUCUAAAGUUUCGAAGCGCAACCGAAAGAGUGAAAAGCAACGUCGCAAUUACCAUGCCACUGUCAAAGUGCUACAUCUGAGAAGAAGUCCACCCGAGAUCACAGAUGAAUUUGUCAGACGGACUUUUGGCCAACAGGGCAUGUACAACGAUGGCCUUAAGGACCGUGUAGAAGCAAAAUUGGGGGAGAUCGAGAGGGAAGUGGCCCGAAUCAUAGCUCGAGUGGUAGAUGCACAGGAAGCAGGCAAGGAGAGUAUACCACUCCUACGCUACGAAAAAGACUUGUUGCGCAAGUUCCAGUUCGUUAUGAAGUACCGUUCUCCAAUCUUCUUUCAUCGCUUCAAUCAUCAAACCGCUGAAGAUUACAAUUCAGACGAUAAGGAAGAGUUUCUGGAAUAUAUGCUGGCCAAUGAUUUCCAAAGUCCUCUUGAAGUGUGGCUCGACAAUUUGACAAAGAUGAUCGAUAUCCCUAUGGAUCCAGACUGUCAUUGGAUACAGGAACUUCGGGGGACGAUCUACCCUCCUGAUGCGGAUUGGUUCAUUUCCAACUUUCAAUCUAUGUAUAUGGCUUUUGUUACGCCCUCGGACCCCCAAGAAGAAUUCAUUCUAACACAGAAUGCGUUCAGCAUUCAUGAAGGGCCUGUUAGUUACUCUGUGGACAGAUUUACAGGCGAGAAGAAAGAAAAAGCCUAUACAGAAUUUCACCUGCUUACAAUCAUCACACCUCGGCUCGCUAUCGUUUUCCGUAGUAACUACAUGCCAGAGCCGCUCGAAGAUCUUAUUCCAGAGGUCCGUGAGUGGAAAACAACCGUGUUGGCUGCAAUCGCGUCGAUACACACGGAUCCAGAGCACACAACAUCCUUACUCGAGGAUCUCCCCAUCGCAAAACCUCGAAAUUCUUAUACUACUGUUAGAAAUGGGCUGCUCGAGCUGGCUGAAGGUGCCGAUGGAGAGCCGAAAAGGAAUGACAAAUUCGACUUUAUUUUCUUUCGCCUUAAGAGUAAUCAUGCUCAGAAAAUUAACAUGGUGAUGCUAGACCAAGCAUGCCAUGUUGACGAGUUGGUUUUUAAAUCUAAGGCAGCACUUCGACUGGCGCUGGAAUUCUAUCUGGAAUAUCCGUGUCUGACACGAGGACUUUAUUCGAUGAAAACGGUCAGCGACGAACCUGACGACCCGAGGUUGCGAUUCUUAAAACAUAUGGAGCAUGUAGCUCGUACUAGGUUGGGAUCUAGUACGACUGCCAAGUACCAUGUGGAU